AUGCAGGCGUCUGUCUUUUCACCUGCUGGUAUGUAUCUGGCAGUGGUAAUAUAUCUUAUGAAGCGAACUGUUCUUACAGGCUGCUGCAUCUACCUAACCUGGAAUGACUAUGCCAGUAAAUUCCAGCUCACAAGGCUGAUGAUGAUGAGGAGAAACCCCGGGUACAGGAAUAGCUCCCCGUCAAAACAGCAGCGUAGGGGGUUCUUUGAAAGGAGACAACCAACCGAAAGGGAUAUGAUCGUAGUGGAGAGGUAUAAAACAAAGGAUGCUGAGUAUAUGAGGGAACUUUUGGAAUGGCAAAAGCGGCGAAAGGGAGAUAGAUGGAAGCCAAAAAGAAUAACGCCAGUGCCCGUCCAGAAGCACAAUGUCCUACAGCUCCCCCUUCCCCUGAGUAUGUGUCUCGGAUCAAAUUCGGCCCUAUCCCUCGCGACUCCGUGGAACUCCAGUAUGAGAUGAAUGUAAACGUUGAGAAUAAAUCAGAAAGAAGACAAAUCAAAGGUAGUCGUUACGCAUGCAUGUACCCGUUCCGCAUCCCUUCCCGUCCCUUGUGCGACCCGUUCGCCCCGUGUGUUGUGUAGGCGUCCAUCACGACUCAUUCGGAGGCCCGCCAUUGGGGCCGCUGGUAUC